CAUUUCCCCUCGCACGCACGAGCCACGUUCGCCGUGUAGGCGAAUCGCCUUUUCAAAUCCUCCUCGCGCGAUUCGCCAAACCCUUUCUAUUUCAAACGGAGAACCUCCAAUUGCAGCCGUUCGGUUCGUUACAUUUCCCCACCUUGAAAACCGCAGAAGCUCAGUUCCCUUUCCUUCUCACUCCAGCAGAAAACGCAUACACCGAAUCUCCGUCUACGUGCCAUUUCACUCCACGUUCAUUCCACAACCCAUCAUAAAACCCUAAUCUCGGUCGCCAAAUUAGGGUUUAAAGAUUCAAGUCGAAGAUCGUACGGUCCGUCCUGAAAUACUAUUCUCAGAGAAGCAUUUAUUCAAGCAUUUACAGACCGAGAUCUUUCAUCCCCCCUCAGCCCCUCCUUCUGUGUCUCUUUUCAAUGCCCACCGAAUCAGACGCCGGAUCUCAUUUCCUCGCGUCUAAGACUGGUCUCUAAUGGCAUCUGAAUUUUCGUUAGUAUGAGACUAGGGCUCGUUUCCAGAGCUCCUCGAUGGCCGUGGGAAAGGCGCAGGAAUGCUGUCAAUCUCCUCAGAAGCAGUUCCAGAAAUUCCCGCGGAAGAUUUCUCGGUCAUUCCUUUGCGGAUUGAUGCUUUUUGCUUUGGGCCUGAUAUCUCUUUUCACUGGGCAUGUCGCUUCCGACAUUGAGUGGUAUUCGCAGCGUCUGAUGAAACGAUCUAUAUUCUCUAAAUCGGACGGCAGUCGCCAUGUGCGGAUAGAUAUAUGGAAAUCGAAGUCUUCAAAUUUGUACUAUGGUUGUAGCAGUAGAAGUCCCAAUUUCCCUCCUGCUUUACGUGAAAGCAAGUCUAAUGGCUAUUUGCUUAUUGCAACAAGUGGAGGACUAAACCAACAAAGAACAGGGAUAACAGAUGCAGUAGUUGUUGCACGGAUUUUGAAUGCUACUCUAGUCGUACCUCAGCUGGAUCACGAUUCCUUCUGGAAAGACGAUAGUGAAUUUGUCAACAUUUUUGACGUCGAAUGGUUCAUUUCCUACCUUUCAAAGGAUGUAACGAUUGUCAAAAGAAUCCCGGAUAAAGUAAUGAGAUCAAUGGAAAAACCUCCGUAUACCAUGCGUGUCCCAAGGAAGUCAACUCCUGAAUUCUAUCUGGAUCAAGUGCUGCCAAUACUCUUGAGAAGACAGGCUCUGCAGCUGACAAAGUUUGAUUACAGGCUCACAAGCAGUCUGGAUGAAGAAUUGCAAAAGCUGCGCUGCCGAGUGAACUAUCACGCAAUAAGGUUUACAAAGCCUAUACGAGCACUUGGUCAAAAACUGGUUAAGAGAAUGCGGAGGAUGAGCUCACGUUUCAUUGCAGUUCACUUGAGGUUUGAACCUGACAUGCUUGCAUUUUCUGGGUGUUACUAUGGUGGAGGUGAGAAAGAGAGAAAUGAGCUGGGCGCCAUCAGGAAGCGUUGGGCAACACUACCUGAUUUAAGCCCUGAUGGAGAGCGGAAACGAGGGAAAUGUGUACUCACUCCACAUGAAGUAGGAUUGAUGCUGAGGGCACUUGGUUUUGGAAAAGAUUCGUACAUUUACGUUGCAUCUGGAGAAAUAUAUGGUGGGGAAGAGACACUACAACCUCUUAGAGACCUAUUCCCAAACUUCUACACCAAGGAGAUGCUUGCUGACCAAGAGCUGAAACCCUUUCUCUCUUUCUCUUCUCGCCUUGCUGCCAUUGACUACAUUGUCUGUGAUGAGAGUGAUGUUUUUGCGACCAAUAACAAUGGCAAUAUGGCCAAGAUUCUUGCAGGCAGAAGGAGGUACAUGGGGCAUAAGAGGACCAUCAGGCCAAAUGCUAAGAAGCUGAGCUCCUUGUUCCAGGAGAGGCAAGAGAUGGAUUGGGAGACUUUUGCCAAGAAGGUGAAGUUGGCCCAGAGAGGCUCUAUGGGGGAGCCUGAAGAGAUGCGGCCAGGGCGAGGUGAAUUCCAUGAAUUUCCAGCCUCUUGCAUCUGCCGGAAACUGUACAAAGAUGGUGACAAUGGCAAUGACAGUAAUGAUAAUACACAGAAGCCAGUGGAAGAGCAUGUCAGAGUCCCAAAUGGGGUAGUUGUGUCCACAGAAAAGACUGGAGGGAAGAGAGAUGGGGGGAGUUUGCAGAGACUGAAAGAGGACAGUAGGACAGGCGAAGAACAAGCUGCUUCAGAAGGAGACAUGGAGGAAGAGGAAUUCUUGCCAGAUUAGGAGAACUGGGAAACUGAGCAAAAGCAGAGAUAUUGCAUGUCUCAGUAGCCCACUGGCAGACUCCAUCAUCUCACUGGUAAGCCAAUUCAGAUAUCCUCCAUUUGAGUUACUGAGUUGCUGACACAUCUGGGUUGAUGAAUGAUGAGAGCAUUGAGCAGCACAAAAUGCCAGCUUCAAAAAACUGACUUCUUUUCGCCUCAAUAUCUUUAGUUGCAUCAGUUCUAGGGGACCCAAGGAGUCGGGCUUUGUGUAUAGAAGGAAAUGGCUGAUAAGCAAGCGGCUGGCUUGGUAUCUCUCUCUUUUUCUUCCCCCUUCUUUUUGGUUGUGAGAUAGAAGGUUGGGCAGUUGUGCUUUCGGGUACUAAGAUUUCUGUUGCUCCAUGGAAAUGAAACUUUGGCAGAGAGGCCAAAAAGGUGUGCCGCUGCGUCUGUGACAAUAUGGGGGUUGGAGGGUUGGUUUUAUGGAAGUGGGGAGUUUAUGAAGUUUCAUAAUCAGCCUUGGUCUCCUUUCAGGCCUCUUCAUGGGCUGUGUCGGAUUGACAUGCGUGGAGGGUGAUUUGUAUUUGACAUAAAUGGUAGCUAACUCCCACCUUAAGCUCUCAGAUACUCAAUACAAUUUUUUUCAGGUACCAAGGAAAUGGACUCUGCAGUCCAUGUACAGCAUCCUGCAACAACGCCCAUAGGUCUAAAACUUGGUGGGUUGACUCAUUGACAAGUCUUUUGUGUCAGCAUAAAUCGACUGAAUCACCUAGUUUGGGUUUUUUCGUUAUAAAUAAGGCCCUUAGUGGGACUCACCCAAA